CAGAGCUGUGUGGGGCCAGUGGGAGGGAGAGUGUUCUGGGAGUCUGCUAGGGGACCUGACAGAAUACAGGGAGAAACUAUCCCACUAGCUGAUAUACUGUAGCUGCUCCACACACACUGCUAGACACAGACAGAGAGAGAAGGAGAGAGGUGGAGGCAGAGACAGAGGAAGAGACAGCUGUGGAGUGAGAUAGAGAGAACUGCAGGAAGAGAGUAAGAGAGAGAUAGAGAGAUAUAGAAUUUGACAGACAGAGAAUUAGACAGAGGGAAAGGAGGCACACACAGCACUCACCCUCCACUGACCCCUCGUCUUACCCUCGACUCACCCUUAUCUCCCCACUUACAACAACCUGAGGCAGAGACACACAGCUCUACCAGCGCAGAGAUGAGAUGACUGGACACACACUAACACACACAUUUUCUCUCUGUUGAAAGAAGACCAGAAUACACACUUUCUUUUUGUUUUCUGUCUCAGCUCCUGCUCUCGUUCUUGGCCAGGAAAAAAGGAUUACAGUUUAUUUCUUCAGCACAGUCUUUAUUCUCCAAAAGCCCCGAGUCACGUUGGACAAUUUGGAUACGUUCCUCUUUCCUUUCUCCCUCCAAGAGCACAGAGCAACAUGGCACAGGGACAAAAGAACCACAGCAACAGCAGGCAACAGCGGGCACAACUACUCACUAACCCCUUCUCCACCAUGGCACUGUCCCUUUCCAUGUCCUUCUUCCUCCUCCUCCUCUUCCUCACCUCCCCUGCCUCGACCGCCGACGAAUACGACUACUACAGCUGGCAAUCAGACAACUUCCACAACGGUCGUUUCUACACAAAGCAGCCGCAGUGUGUGGACAUCCCCGCCGAUUUACGCCUCUGUCACAACGUGGGCUACAAGAAGAUGCGCCUCCCCAACCUGCUGGACCACGAGACCAUGCCGGAGGUCAAACAGCAGGCGGGUAGCUGGGUGCCGCUCCUCGCCAAGCGGUGCCACGCAGAUACACAGGUGUUCCUGUGUUCCCUUUUCGCCCCGGUGUGUCUGGACAGGCCCAUCUACCCGUGUCGCUCGCUGUGCGAGGCCGUGAGGGAUAGCUGUGCCCCAGUUAUGGAAACCUACGGGUUCCCUUGGCCAGAGAUGUUGACCUGUGAUAAGUUUCCUAUUGAUAAUGAUCUGUGUAUCCCCAUGCAGUUUUCUGGGAACCAGGCCACCCCGGCUCCAGCAUCUAAAGCCUGCCCUCCAUGUGACAACGAACUGAAAGCUGACACCAUUAUGGAACAUUACUGUGCCAGUGACUUUGCUAUCAAGAUGAAGAUCAAAGAAGUGAAGAAAGAGAAGGGUGACCGUAAACUCAUCGCUGCCCAGAAGAAGAAGAAGGUGCUCAAGAUGGGUGUCCUGCGUAAGAAGGACUUGAAGAAGCUGACACUGUACAUAAAGAAUGGAGCCAACUGCCCCUGUGCUCAGCUCGACAGUCUUGGCAGUAACUUCCUCAUCAUGGGUCGUAAGGUGGACCAGCAGCUGCUGCUCAUGUCCAUCCACAAAUGGGAGAAGAAAAGCAAGGAGUUGAAGUUCGCCAUCAAGUAUAUGAAGAGUCAUCAGUGUCCCACCUAUCAUACUGUCUUCCAGUGACCUUAGUUAUACAACAAUCACAACCCUACUUCCCAGUUGUUGUCCCCUCUCCCGUCUAUCCUUCCAUUGUCCUACCUAUCAUACUGUUUUGCUGUGACAUCCAGUGGUUUUGUGAUGCCUGUAGAAGUGGGUAUACUCUAAUUCUGCCAAAAAUAUUCCCAAAUGGCCCGCCCGUCAAAGGAAAGGCAAAAAAAAGAUAUAUUUUCCUAUAGUUUUUCUGUAUUUUCCUAUAGAUUUUUCAGGUUUUUCAGGUCACUCUCAGAAUCACACUUUUUUUAUAUAUAGAAAAACAAAUGUAUGUUCUAAGUCCACGAUAAUGCUUAACCACAUCAGGGGACCAUUUUUGAGGCCUGGGAAAAUCGUAAUAAAAUAUUUUUGGCAGGUAGUAGUUGCCCAUUAAUUCAGUUGUACACCUAGCAAGAUACCCUUUAUGCACUACAAAUGCAAAAUACAGUAACUACAUAUUUUUUGACUGUAUGAUCCGUCUUCAAAGUAUUUUUCUGUCUAGACAGACAGCAUUCUCUGAUACUCAAUGAUAUCUUCUGAUCAACUGGUUUGUUCUUGUGUCCGGAAACUUAAUUCCACAUUAAUCAGAUAAUAUACUUAGCCAUUAGAAAGGAUCAAAGACUUUUGAACAAAUUCGUAGUUACUGCAUUUUGCCUUUGUAGGGCGGAAUUUGGCUAGUGGUGUUUCUGUACUGUACAAUGUCCUACAUGUGAUGGCAGAGUUUGUAAAACAAAUGCCCUCCCAAUUGAUACAAAUCAUCAUGGUAUCAUUCUACCAUUCUACUUUGUAAUCAACAUUUAAUUGGAAAGGAUUUUUGCCAGACAUUUUCAUUCAAACAGCGCAUGAUGACUGAAUUGCACACCAAUUUCGGACCCCACUUUUUCAAUAUCUGGUUUGCAUACACAUUGUUGCCUUAGUUAGCAUUUACUGGUAGAUAUCAAAAGUUUAACUGUCUUUCCUACCUACCCUACUAACCGAUGUCGUUCUUCUGUGAGCUGCUCCAUGAAACAACCAGUUGAUAGCUGCGCACUCUUGCUGUCUGCUCUGAAACUAGGCUAUGUGUGCAGCUCACAUGUGAAUAUACACCAUAUUUACAAAAGUAUUUAGACAUCCCUUCAAAUGAGUGGAUUUGGGUAUUUCAGCCACACCCAUUGCUGACUGGUGUAUAAAAUCGAGCACACAUCCACGCAAUCUCCAUAGACAAACAGUGG